GCCUCUCAUCUCAUCACGGUCUCACCUCUUCGCUAAUAACCACUUCGCCCUCCUCCCGCUCCCAGAUCCCGAUCCACCUCCGCCGCUGAUCCAACCACCGACACCCCUACCCGCAGGCGCCCUCCGGCGGCCGCCAUGGACAAGCCGAGCACGCUGCUGGUCCACUUCGACAAGGGCUCCGCCGCCAUGGCCAACGAGAUCAAGGCGGAUCUGGAGGGCAGCGACGUCGCCGCCAAGGUCGAGGCCAUGAAGCGCGCCGUCAUGCUCCUCCUCAACGGCGAGAACCUGCCCACGCUCUUCAUCACCGUCGUCCGCUACGUCCUCCCCUCCGAGGACCACACCAUCCAGAAGCUGCUGCUCCUCUACCUCGAGAUCAUCGACAAGCGCGACUCCUCCGGCCGCGUCCUCCCGGAGAUGAUCCUCAUCUGCCAGAACCUCCGCAACAACCUGCAGCACCCCAACGAGUACAUCCGCGGCGUCACGCUCCGCUUCCUCUGCCGCCUCUCCGAGCCCGAGGUGCUCGAGCCGCUCGUGCCCUCCAUCCUCGAGAACCUCGAGCACCGCCACCACUUCAUCCGACGCCACGCGCUCUCCGCGAUCUCCGCCAUCUACCGCCUCCCACACGGCGACCAGCUCAUCCCCGACGCCCCCGAGCUCGUCGAGCGCGCGCUCGCGUCCGAGCAGGACGCCUCCGCGCGCCGGAAUGCCUUCCUCAUGCUCUGCCUCUGUGGCCAGGAACGUGCCGUCGCGUACCUCUUCUCCAACGCCGAACGCGUCACCGAGUGGCCCGAUCUCCUGCAGAUGGCGGCGGUAGAUCUCAUCCGCAAGGUCUGCCGCUCCCCAAACCGUGCCGACAAGGGCAGGUAUAUCAAGAUCAUCAUCUCGCUGCUCUCAUCUCCCAGCACUGCUGUUGUGUACGAGUGUGCGGGUGCGCUUGUGUCGCUCUCCUCCGCGCCCACCGCCGUGCGCGCAGCUGCCAACACCUACUGCGAGCUGCUCGCGUCGCAGAGUGACAACAAUGUCAGGCUCAUCCUCCUGGACCGUCUGAAUGAGCUGCGCACGUCUCACCGCGACGUCAUGGUGGAUGUAGUCAUGGAUGUGCUGCGUGCGCUUGCCAGCCCCAACCUAGACGUCAAGAGGAAGGUGCUGGAUCUGGUGCUUGAUCUGCUCACUCCUCGUAAUGUUGAGGAGGUGGUGCUUUACCUCAAGAAGGAGGUUGUCAAGACGCAGUCAGGGGAGCUUGAGAAGGGUGGCGAGUACCGCCAGAUGCUCGUGCAAGCUAUCCACUCAUGUGCUGUAGAGUACCCAGAGGUGGCUGGAUCCGUGGUGCACCUCCUCAUGGACUUCCUUGGUGACACUAAUGUUGCUGCAGCCGUUGAUGUUGUCUUGUUUGUGCGUGAGAUCAUCGAGACUAACCCCAAGCUGCGCGUCUCCAUGAUCCAGAGGCUCAGUGACACCUUCUAUCAGAUCCGGGCAUCCCGUGUUUGUUCGAUCGCUCUCUGGAUCCUUGGGGAGUACUCCCUCUCGCUAGCUGAGGUCGAGAGCGCCAUUUCCACCAUCAAGCAGUGCCUUGGGGAUGUACCCUUCUUCACAGUCUCAGACGAAGGGGAGACAACUGAUUCCUCCAAGCCAGCCCAGCAGAUGGUUAACUCUGUCACUGUCUCCUCCAGGCGCCCUGUUGUUCUUGCAGAUGGCACUUAUGCCACACAGAGUGCUGCCACCGAGGCCAUUUCAACUCCCUCAGUUACCCCUGGAUCCUUGUCAUCGACCCUGAAUCUCAGAUCACUCAUCCUGUCAGGCGAUUUCUUCUUGGCUGCUGUUGUUGCCUGCACCCUUACCAAGCUGGUAUUGAGGCUGGAGGAGGUGCAGCCGUCAAAGCUUGAAGCAAACAAGGCUUGUACUGGGGCCUUGCUGGUCAUGACCUCCAUUCUGCAGCUCGGAUUAUCCUCCUACCUUCCCCAACCGAUCGAUAAUGAUUCAUAUGACAGGAUUGUGCUUUGUGUGCGAUUGCUCUGCAAUACUGGUGAUGAUGUGAGGAAGAUUUGGCUGCAGUCAUGUAGACAGAGUUUUGCCAAGAUGCUUGCGGAGAAGCAAUUCAGGGAGACAGAAGAGAUGAAGGCCAAGGCACAGAUCUCCCAUGCCCAGCCAGAUGACCUUAUUGAUUUCUACCACCUGAAGAGCAGAAGGGGCAUGAGCCAGCUUGAGUUGGAAGAUGAGGUCCAAGAUGAUUUGAAGGCUGCAACUGGUGGAUUCACUAAGGAAACAGAUGAUGCAAACAGACUUAAUCGCAUUCUUCAGUUGACUGGGUUCAGUGAUCCUGUAUAUGCUGAAGCAUUUGUGACUGUACAUCAUUAUGAUAUUGUACUUGAUGUUACCGUCAUUAACCGUACAAAGGAGACACUUCAGAACCUGUGCUUGGAAUUAGCUACAAUGGGAGACCUCAAACUUGUUGACCGCCCUCAGAACUAUACCUUGGCUCCUGAAUCAAGCAAGCAAAUACGUGCUAAUAUCAAGGUUUCUUCCACAGAGACCGGAGUCAUAUUUGGGAACAUAGUCUAUGAAACUUCCAAUGUGAUGGAACGAUCAGUGGUUGUCCUAAAUGAUAUUCACAUUGACAUCAUGGAUUAUAUCUCACCUGCUACAUGCGCAGAUGUUACUUUCAGGAAUAUGUGGGCAGAGUUUGAGUGGGAAAACAAGGUUGCAGUUAAUACGGUAAUUCAGGACGAGAAGGAAUUCUUAAAUCAUGUUAUCAAGUCAACAAACAUGAAGUGUCUAACACCACCCUCCGCGCUUGACGGGGAAUGCGGUUUCCUCGCUGCAAAUCUUUACGCAAAGAGUGUAUUUGGAGAAGAUGCUUUGGUGAACAUUAGCAUUGAGAAGCAAGCUGAUGGCAAGCUCAGUGGUUACAUCAGAAUAAGGAGUAAGACCCAAGGAAUUGCGCUCAGCUUGGGAGACAAGAUCACCCUCAAGCAGAAGGGAAGCAGUUAACUGUGAUGCUGCAACCUGCCACACAAUUGUACUUUGUCAUUUAGGAGAUCCACUUUGCCAGUUUCAUACUACCGGUAAGUGGGUUAGUAAAGAAGUUUUUUAUGUACAAAAGAUUAAAGAGGGAUGAGGAGAAAGAUGAAAAUGGAUCUUCAACUACUAUCCUCCAGAGUUGCAAUGAAUUGUCUCAACUUCAUUCCCUGAGAAGGGCCCAUUUUUGAUAAAAAUGGCGUUGUAAGAAUAGGUGUGAAGUUUCUGUUGUUGAGUUUUGACGUGUAGAGCGAUUGUGAUAUUGUAUUAAGGGUCCCUGCCUUUGAAGUCUUCCAAGUUUCAACAUAUACAUGUUGUAUUACAAAGAUCCAUCCAUUUGAGCUUC